AUGGACUUCAUGACUGGGUAUCGUCCUACAAACUACUUACAUCUGGGAAACCGAUCUUUGCUUAUUCAACAUCAACAAUACCCCUAUGGUUUCAAUCAACGCAGUAUGGCCCAAUUAUUGUGUUAUCCCAAUCCUCUCCCCUACCCAUACACAUGGUAUGUAUAUGGAAACGAAAUCCAGGCAGCAGUCGUCAACUUUGACGAUCUCUUCCGACAUGAAACUGGUUUAACAUCAUUAGUACCACGUUUUCCUGUCGUUCCCAACCAACAACAUGAAGAAUACGAUAAUGUUGAUGCUGAGGAAGUUUAUAUAAUGGAUGAAAUAAUCAAUGAUAGCUUCGACGAAGCAGCAAGUCAUCACGUGCCAUGCAGCGGAUUGACCAACAAAUUCAUCUCCAAGAAUCUACGAUUAACCAAGUAUUAUGAAGAAGAAAAAAAAAGAAGAAGAAGGUGA